UAAUUUACGGUCUCUCACUCUGCUUGUGAAUAGCGAAAACACAAAACCCCAAACUCUCUCUACGAAGGCGGAUGCACGCUUCUCUGUCUCCCUCCACUCUCGAGUCUCGUCCCCUCUGUGUGUGAUUAUCUUCUUUGGUGUUGUUGAUGCUGGAGAUCUCUUAUUCAGAUUGAUCACGCCUGAAAGGUUUAUUAGGAUUUGGCAAAAGGAUGGAUAGAAUCAACGGUCUAUCAGAUCUCUUCUGAUUUGAAUUCUAGGGCGUUUGUUUGGAAGAAUCAUUGCUUCUUUGGUUGAGGAUCUUUGUGAAACGCUGGGAUUUUGUGUUCUAGACUUCUAGGGUUUUUGAAGCAAGCUGUAGCAUAAGGAAAAUUUUGAGAAUGAAAGGUGAAAGAGAAGUUAAGAAUGGUGUUUCUGAGGAAGAGAGAGAAGUGAAGAGGAAGAGAGUGAUGGAACGGUCUGAUUCACCACCUCCACCACUAGGUUUCAACAAUCCUCUUCUGCCGUUGGCUAAUACUUACGAUGAUGAUGAUGAGGAAGAGGAGAACGAGCAGAAGAAAUCGCAAGCUCGUGGUAAUGGAGUUGCGAAAGGGGAGGGAAAUGGUAACAAAGUGAAAGGAGAAGCUCAAGAAGAGGUCGAUGACGACGAAGAUGAUGAUGUCUCGAAGGGUAAGGGAAAGCAUUCACGCCAUGUUGAAGUUCGCCGUGAUUGUCCUUAUCUUGAUACCGUUAAUCGUCAGGUGUUGGAUUUUGAUUUUGAGAGGUUUUGCUCUGUGUCCUUGUCAAAUCUGAAUGUGUAUGCGUGUCUUGUUUGUGGGAAGUACUUCCAAGGAAGAAGCCAGAAGUCUCAUGCUUAUACACAUAGCUUGGAAGCAGGACACCACGUUUACAUCAAUCUUCUGACAGAGAAGGUUUAUUGUCUUCCUGAUAGUUACGAGAUCAAUGACCCUUCUUUGGAUGACAUUCGCCAUGUUUUAAACCCAAGGUUUAGUAGAGCACAAGUAAACGAGCUUGACAAGAAUAGGCAGUGGUCUAGGGCUCUUGAUGGCUCCGACUAUCUUCCAGGAAUGGUGGGGUUGAACAACAUACAAAAGACAGAGUUUGUGAAUGUUACAAUCCAGUCGUUGAUGAGAGUUACUCCUCUAAGGAAUUUCUUCCUCAUUCCUGAAAAUUAUCAGCACUGCAAGUCUCCUCUUGUUCACCGUUUUGGGGAACUAACUCGCAAGAUUUGGCAUGCUCGAAACUUUAAAGGACAAGUGAGUCCACAUGAAUUCUUGCAAGCUGUCAUGAAAGCCAGCAAGAAACGGUUUAGGAUUGGCCAACAAUCAGAUCCAGUAGAGUUUAUGUCGUGGCUCCUCAACACUUUGCACAUGGAUCUUAGAACUUCAAAGGACGCCAGCAGUAUCAUCCACAAGUGCUUCCAGGGUGAGUUGGAGGUUGUGAAAGAGUUUCAAGGCAAUGAAAACAAAGAAAUCUCCAGGAUGUCUUUUCUGAUGCUCGGUCUAGAUUUGCCACCGCCUCCUCUUUUCAAAGAUGUCAUGGAGAAAAACAUUAUUCCGCAGGUUGCUCUAUUUGAUUUAUUGAAGAAGUUUGAUGGAGAAACUGUGACAGAGGUGGUUCGGCCUAAGCUGGCCAGAAUGAGAUACCGUGUAAUCAAAUCUCCUCGUUACUUGAUGUUCCAUAUGGUUCGGUUCAAGAAGAAUAACUUCUUCAAAGAGAAGAACCCUACCUUGGUUAACUUCCCAGUGAAGGACAUGGAGCUGAGGGAUUACAUACCAUCAUUGCCUAGAGCACCAGAAGGCGAGAAUGUGUGUUCAAAGUAUAAUCUAAUCGCUAACAUUGUACAUGAUGGUAAGCCUGAGGACGGAUACUUCAGAGUCUUUGUGCAGCGCAAGUCACAAGAACUAUGGUACGAGAUGCAGGAUCUUCAUGUUGCAGAGACACUUCCCCAGAUGGUAGAACUAUCGGAAGCAUACAUGCAGAUAUAUGAGCAGGAGGAGGAAUAGAGCACUGGAAACAAACUGACUCCAUCUGGUUUUAAGAGUAAAAGUGACCAGUUUAAUCUUGGAUUGAGGAGGAAUGAGAUUAGAACUCAAAAAGGGGAUUCUUGAACCUCUUUUUUAAGGAUAGAGAGAGAGCCUGUUGUUGCUAGUGAUUCAUCAUAAUGAAAAACCUUGGUAAAAAAACGCAUAUUGUAUGAGUUUUGGGAAGAGCUUUUGGUAAAAAGUCUUCAAAUUCUGCAACUUUUGAAAUUUUGUAGUAAAAUACACAUUUGACUUUUGAGUUUCCAUUUCCAAAAAAUAUCUUAAAAAGAAGUGUG